GGCGCGUCUGGACUCAUACUGGUCACGCUGUUUGACAUCCUGUCAUUGCUGCUGCUGCCGACUGCCGUACUUUGACGGACUCAUCGAAUCCUACUCCCGCUCCCUUCUUGCCAACUGCCACGACACGCAUCGCUUUUUCUUCCGUUUGCAUCAAUCGCCCUGUCUGUUUUCCACGGUUGCAUCAUGUUCGGUCCCAUUUGUCUCGGUUGAAGCUCUCUUUGGAUGUGCUGGCGGAGCUACACUUCUCAGAGACCGUCAUCUCGCUUGACCGGGGCAUACUUUCUAGUCGGUUGAGUUUCUUCGGUUACCGUGGAUCCUGAGGUUUUAAUAACGGACCAAGCUUGUUCUGGCUGAGGAGUUUUAUCUCGGCAGGACGGAGUGGUGUAGAUGUCGGUGGAUGUCGAGUUUUCGCUUUUGAGAUUUUCUUCUCUGCGCAAUCAAUUUCAUUCCCGUAAUUCCUGAUUACUGAUAGCUAUUUCUGUAUUUAAAUAAAAGGGGAAGAUAGUUAUGGUCAGUGGUUUACGCCAUAUAAUCCACUGAUUACUGUUGCUGCGCGGAGCGCCUUUGUAUUUGGAGCAUCGCGAUUGCGAGAAGUAGGAGGUCAUCAGGGGGAAGUGUACUAGGUGUAAUAAUUGAUAAUUUGACUUACACCUUUUGCUUCGGGCACUGAAUUUUCGUGCAAAGGUCGUUAUGAAUAACGCUCAAUUGAAAGCGUGGGAAGCCGCACAGGCGCUGCCAAUAUCCGUAGACCUAGUUGCCGCUGCAACAGAAGAGCUUCGAAUGCUUGAAGAAGUUGAUCGGUUUCAAUGUUAUUAUGAAGGACCUGCAGUUGUACGAGCAAUCGACAGGUAUGAAAGAUGUUGGCUGCCCCUUUUGGCUAAAGAAGGGGAUGAUUCUCAAGGGGCAUCACCUCCGCUAGUUCCUCCCCUUGAUUGUGGUUGGAUUUGGCACGUCCAUCGCUUAAAUCCAAUUAGGUAUGCAAAAGAUUGUAAGGAGUUAUAUGGAAGAAUAUUGGAUGCACCGAUUAUAAACCCAUCAGACAGGCCUGUUGCUGUUAAUCACACCAAGGAUUUAUGGUCCGCCCUCUAUGUUGAUGAGCCUUACAACGUAGAGUUCGUUCAGACUGAUAACAAAGCUGUUCAAGAAAAGGAGAGCAGUGGAAUCUCCUCUAGCCUUAAGCAGCUAGCUAUCACGUCUGAUUCAAGAAAAAUCACGUAUGAUCUGGAGGCUGCCGUCUCACGGCAAAAGACGUUCUUCUAUCAAGUGUCUCAACCAUUUGUACGAACCGAUAGUUACUUGAAAUCUGCAGAGCAACGUUACAAGGGCUUUCUAUAUUUAUUCACUUUGAAUAAGGGACUUUUUCUCGUUCCAACUUACGAUGUUGACAUCAUGUGGCAUGCUCACCAGCUGUGUCCGUCCGCUUACGACCGGGACUGUAUGGCUAUUUUAAACAAGGUUUUGAACCACGAUGAUACGGACAGUGAUCGAAAUCCUGGUCAGAAACUCAACACAGGUUUUAAGGACACUUGUGAAUUAUGGGAAGAAACCUUCGGAGAAAUUUACGCAAAGGCAGGAUGCAUGUGGAGAGGAGACUUGCCUGUCCCCGUUGAACCAUUGCCUGUGAAUUCAAAUGCUUCGUUGAAUGACGCAUCGGUUUCGUCGAAUGUUCACGAACAGAGUACUUAUUUAACUCAGAGACAAACUGUCCAGGUCUGCUUGGCGUUGCUUGGGGCUAGAGAUGUUUCUGUGAAGAAGGCAGGGCCUACUCUAUUUGUUCGUAUCCAGCUCCUUCAGAGGUGUCCAUCCUUCAAGUUGGACACAUAUGAAGUACCCACGUACUCGGACCCCGUUUGGAGACAAUUGUAUACAUUUAAGUUUGAAACCUCAACACAGGGUCUGCUUCUUCAACUUCGUUCCACCUCUAGCGGGAUCCUCUCAUCAUGUUCAAAGUUGCUUGGGGAGAUGAUCCUCACAUGGGAUACAUUGUUGUCUUCACCGACAUUAUCAGUAAAGAAAUGGUUCACUUUGACUAAAGGAAAAUCUUCGCCUCCGCCCUCAUUGCACGUUUCAGCUUCGAUCACACCACCUGUUGCAGCCCCAUACUUAUUGCGGACCCUUGAAGUUUCUCAGGACCGGGUCUUGAAAGAGGGGUCUUUUUAUUCAUUUAGGAAUGUUUUUGAUCAUGCUGACAACGAGCGGCUUAUGUUGCACAUUCAAUAUGACAGUGAAGGCUCAUUUAAAGUAGGACCAUCCUCGAUACAAGAAGUACGGGUGCUCCAAGGCGCACAGAAGAAGUCAAGAUUUACAAAGAGGAAAAUGAAUUCAGCAGGUACUCUCUUGGGUCGAGCUCAACCACUAGUUAAAUCAGAUUCAGGCAAAUCGAAUGCAAGACAUUGGCAAUUGUUUGACAACAGCAUCCAACUAACUAUCCGGAAGAGAGCCGACGACAAUCAGUGGCACUUGAGGCCCGAGCUCAGUCUUGAAGGAAAAGUUGGCCACCCAGUAGCUUUAGUUCCAGGAAAACGGUUAGAUUAUCAAGUAAAUGGCUCAACUGAGGAGGAGGAGGCUGGAUUUGUAACACUAGUUCGGUAUACUCCUGAUGCUCCAGCGGGCAAAGCUACUGCCCUUUUCAAUACAAGUUCUGGUGCUAUGGAGGUGAAGCCAGAAGAGAGUGUACCUCUUGUGGUGUUGAUCUCCACAGUUACGUCUCUCUCUCUCGUUGAAAUGCUCGGUAAAAGUCGACCUCAAACACCAAAAUCUGGAAGUAGAAAGGCGCGAGCGACUGGAAAUGAGUGGGGUGCAGUAAUAUUCGAGAGGCAGGCUAAUGAAAAGAGCGACAUUGCAAGGAAGAUGGCGCUGUACAACUCGCUGAACUAUCACUAUUGGUGGGAUAUGCCGUUCUUGCUGUGGUGUGCUAGCUUCCACAACAACGCUUCUCUUCUGAGUGACGUCACAGCAUAUCAGUUUGCCGGGUUAUAUGGAGAUGGUCGAAGGAGACGCCAGCAAUAAUUGAUUAAUGGCUAUGAUCUGGGGGUACUUUAUGCAAGUGCUUUUAAGGGGCUUGGAAAAGGUUUGUAUGUGUAUAUUUCUUGGCAGGAACACAAGCCAUUUCCCUGAGAAAAUUUGUACGCAUGAGCUGUAUCAUACAUAUGGUUUGGGUAAAUAAUUUAGGAGGUCGAAGAUCGACAUUUGUGUACAACUAAUUUACUGAUUUGGUGGAAACAAUUGUAGAAGUUUUUGUCUUUUUUUCGUGGUCGUGGUUUCGCCACCCAUAUUCACCUCUUCUCUCGCGCUACACAAGGGGAGAACUGCCAUCCACCUGCGACCUUCAUGGAAUGGGAAAUCAACUUGGAAUUGUUUUUAGAGUACGGAUGUUCUACCUCCCCAAGAUAUGAAAAAAAUUACAUUGUCUAUUUAGCCAAUUUUAUCCCUCAAAUGUUUUUCAACAAAAUUUUGCAAAAAGUAUUUAAGUAAAUAGAUGAAAUAUAAUUUUAUCCUU